AUGCCCUAUACACUUGAUCAACAAUGGUUCGCAGAGGUUCUGCCUCACCUGUCUCGGCUGCCAGUAGACAGGAUGAAGAGAGGGAACCCUGACUACAAGUUGGAAGCGCUUCGUCACGACUUCCCUCUCAUGUUUAACCUCUUCAAUGAGAACUGGCCUGCCCCUGAAGGUGUCAAGGAAAUCAAGCACGACAUCACUGCCUGGGAUGGGACGACCAUCUCGGUGUACCAGUUCAGCCCGCCGGCAGGAAGCACACCUGCGGCCCAGCCCACUGCAGCAGGUUUGCAUUUUCACGCGGGCGCCCUGGUCACCUGUGCCGUAGAGCACCAGAGCAGGUACGUCGCCUGGCUGGCCAAGGAGAGCGGCAUCCCAAUGUUCAGCGUCGAGUACCGCCUCGCGCCCGAGAUCCCGGGGGUCAGCAUUAUCAAGGAUGCCUACUCUGCCCUGACAUGGCUGCAAUCGAAGUCGGCCGAUUUGAACAUCGACCCCGCACGCAUCGCGGUGCUCGGCGAGAGCGCUGGCGGCGGCAUCUCUGCGGGCCUGUGCCUCUACGCUCGCGACCAGGGGCUCAAGCCCCCGAUCAAGAAGCAGAUUCUGAUCUAUCCCUCACUGGAUCACCGGACGCCCAAAUGCGACCCAGAGAUGAAGCCAAUGCUCGGGUGGCACCCGGAGGAGAGCCUCGAGGCCUGGACCCACGUCCUGGGGCGCGACCCGAAUGGUCCUGUGGACGACAUCGACGGCUUACAGUACAUAUCGGCUUCGCGGGCCAAGAGUGUCGAAGGCGUCCCAGAUGCCUAUGUUGAGGUCGGGAGCCUAGACAUUCUCUUACCGGAGGAUGUUGACUAUGCCACAAGGCUGCUGAGGGAGGCCAAAGUUCAGGUUGAGCUGCACGUGUGGCCUGGGGUCGCGCACGGCUGGGAUUUAGUCGAUCCCACUCCCACGGUAACGCGGACUGCACUUGCAAGGAGGGUCGCUGCGCUGAAAAGUGUCUGA